AUGCCGGUCCAGCUUCUCCCCGCCUCGGCCGCGGCCUUUGCCCCGCGGGCCUCAUCCGUCAACGUCGUCCUGGGCUCCCGGGUCGAGCCGUGGCUUACACAGACGCUCAAGCGUGUCAAUCGGCGAUGCCUCACUGAGCUCCUGUCAUCACCCAACGCCAUCUGGACCCUCUGCUCAAUCAUGCUCGCCAAGCUGCCCCAGGCCGAGAUGCCCGAGGACCCCACGGAGAACCUCUUCAGCCACCAGCUCUUCCACAUCGAGGCCUACAUUGUCCACGUCGACAUGGUCCUGCGCAACGAGGUCGCCUUCAAGCUGACCACCGACACCAUUGAUGCCCUCGUCGAGUACCACAAGGAGGUCCACUGCGUCGACGCAAAGGCCAACACCUACGACUGGUCCGAGAAGGAGCAGCAGUGCAAGAAGCUGCACGAGGACUUUGUCCAGGCCAUCAACAAGUUUGUCUUCCGCGCCGACGUCUCCGCCCUGGAGGGUCUCGAGGAGGAGGGUGCCGGCGAGCUGCUCAACGGAAAGAGCAAGGACGUCAAGGCGAGCAUCAUGAACCUCAUGAAGCCGCUUCUGCCUCCCCCGCCGAGAGUCGUCGAGGUCAUUCGACAGCCGCCUCUGCUGCCCAGCUCUCCCCUCGGCGGCAUGUGGACGCAGGCCCCUCCUCACAUCAUCCCCGCCGCCGUUGAGCCUUGGCAGGUGCUGCCUUCAAGUCCCAGCGUCACCUCGUCUGUCGACUCGAGCAACACUCCCCUCUGGGCCAAUAUGGGGAUGAGCGACUGCCAGCUGCCCUCUCCGACGCCUUCGUUCAGCCUCCCGCAGACCACCGCCGAGCUCUUCUACAGCCCGCCCAUCAUGGCGCCCAUCCCAGCACUCCCUCUCCCCAGCGUCUUCGCACCUUCACAGUGCGGAGUGAGCCUGGGCAUGGGCAUCGGUGGUGGCUUUGGCUGGGACCGCUACCACGAGUACGCCACGAUAAUGUGA